AUGCUUGAGGAUGGUACCCGGUUGGACUCGCCUCUGGAGUUGCAGCUGAUCCUCUUGCGAUUUGUGAGCGGCUCACAUUCAGAAGUUGCUAGGUUGACAGAAGCGGCUGGUCUUGGGUGGGCCUCAACAGUGGAAUCGCUGCUACAUCGGCCUCUCGAUCCAGACAGUUUCCAUUGCGAUCGCUCAGCUGCAGCCCCGCUUUGCUGGGCUUCAGCGAAGGGCCAUGUCGAAACCGUUCGUUUGCUCCUGGAGGCUUAUGCCAGCGUCGAUGCCUUACGAAACCCUGAUGGCGAAACCCCUCUUUGGAUCGCCUGUGCCCAUGGCCACGUGCAGGUGGCAGGCUUGCUGCUGCAGGCAGGCGCGGACAAGAAUGCGCGCAACUGCCUGAAUGAGAUGCCUCUUGGUGUCGCAUCGCGGCUUGGCUAUGUUGAAGUCGUCCGGUUGCUUGUUGAGGCAGGUGCGAACAAGAAUCUGCCCAGCAGCUAUGACAUGACGCCUCUUUGCGUCGCGUCCUUGAAUGGUAGACUUGAAGUGGUGCGCUGGCUGCUGGCGGCCGGUGCUGAUGCAACCUCAAGGAGCAGGUAUGGCGAGACCCCAUUGCACGCAGCCUCUGACUUCGGCCAUGAGGGAAUCGUGCGUCUGUUGCUCGAGGCCGGCGCUGACAAGAGCGUACUGGACGAUUUUGGAGACAGGCCUCUAUGCGUUGCGUCUCGCUGUGGUCACGUGGAGGCUUUGCGCGUGCUGAUACAGUCUGAUGCCGACCAACGCGCGAAUGACAACGACAUGUUUGACGCUCUUCAGGUAGCAUGCGUGCAUGAUCAGGUAGACGUUGUGAAGUAUCUGUUGAGCAUCGGUGCGGACAAGAAUGCCCGGAACCGUCACAACGAGACACCACUGUGGAUCGCCUCUUGGAGGGGCAGUGUGGAGACUCUGCGCGUGCUCAUAGACGCGGGUGCCGACAAGAACGUCCGAAGCAGUUCCGGUGAGACGCCUCUUUGUGUGGCGGCUCGGUUUGAUGAGCUGGAAGUGGUCCGCUUGCUGCUGAAAGGUGGUGGUGCUGACAUACACACCCGAAGCAACUCCGGCCACUCGCCCCUGGACAUCGCAUCUUCUCGCGGCCAUGAAGAAGUUGUGGCCUUGCUCCGGGCGAGGCGGGCGAAAGUGUUCCGCGCCAUGACGCUUGCGUGCAGACGCAAGCCACCUCACAAGGCCCAAGCCAAGGCCAAGGCCAAGGGUAAGGCCAAGGCCAAGGCCAAAGGAAAGGCCAUGGGGCAGCCGUGA